GGAAGCAUCAGUGUCCAUCCGAGAAAAUGUUCAAAUUGCCGAUGCCUGGGGUGCCUCUUGCGCCGUUCUCCACGUGGGCCGAGGUGGGGCGCCGAGGCGGUUCCGCCGAUGUGCCGAUGGCCGAGUGGAGAGAGGGGUCGACGUGGCCAGCGGGCGUCAUCGCCGGCGACCACCGUCCUCGCGCGAGGCUCUGCCGAGCGGCCGCGAGCGCAAAGGGCAGCGAGGCGACAGCGGCGCCCUGGGGCGACGCCAGCUCAGUGCCUCCGCCGCCGUUGCGGCCGCCCUCGCGGCGCGGCGCCCGCGCGCGGCGCGGGCGAAGACGGGACGCGCCAAAGACGCGCGUUUGGAGUUGGUGGAGAAAAGUCCCUUGGACGAUCGCAAUUAUCAGGCGCUGACCCUGCGCAAUGGCCUCCGCGUGCUGUGCUGCUCUGAUCCCAAUGCAGAUCGGGCGGCCGCGGCACUGGACGUGCACGUAGGCUACUUCAGUGAUCCGGACGAAGUUCCUGGACUGGCACAUUUCUGUGAGCACAUGCUCUUCUUGGGCACCGAGGACUUCCCCGAAGAGAAUAGUUUCGACGCGUAUCUCACGGCCAAUAGCGGCUUCUCGAACGCUUUUACCGAAGCGGAGGACACUUGUUUCUUCUUCAGCUGCGGCACCGACGGCUUCGCCGGCGCCUUGCAGCGCUUCGGCGCCUUCUUCCGGGCGCCGCUCUUCACCGAGAGCGCCACCGGGCGCGAGGUGAAUGCCAUCAAUAGCGAGCACCAAAAGAAUGUGCCGAACGAUGUGUACCGCUUGGGCCAGGUGCUGAAUAGUCGUGCGAACCCGCAGCACCCGUACCACCGCUUCGGGACUGGCAAUGUGAAGACUCUCCUGGAGGAUACGGCCGCCAAAGGCAUCAACUUGAGGGCCCAGCUCUUGGCAUACUACCAACGCUUCUACCGUGCACCACUCAUGACGCUGUGCCUCAUUGGCAAAGAGCCCCUGAGUGAACUACAAGGCUAUGCGGAGCGGUUCUUUGGGAAGAUCCCGGGCGAUGGAGGUGAGGAGCCGGAAGCGGCCUAUGGAGACCGUCCCCUCUUCUUGCCCUCGGCCUUCACCCAAGGCGUGGAAGCGGUGCCCGUGGCGGACGUGCGGUCGCUUCAGGUGGUCUUCCCGGUCGACUUCGCGCCCCAUGGCCACGUGGUGCAGCUGGAGGAGGCACCACCAGGACCAGAGGCCGCGACGGGUGACGCACGCAUGCGUUUGGAUCACUGGCGUUGGUACAAUCUCAGCUCGCAUGUGGGCGCCCUCUUGGGUCACGAGGGGCCCAAGAGUUUGACGUCGCUCCUCCGGAAGCGAGGGUGGAUCACAGAGCUGGAGGUGGGUGGCGCCGACAACACCACCACCUUUGCAAUGCUGGUGGUGUCCAUGGAGCUCACGGACGAAGGCUUUCGGCAGAAGGACGAGAUUCUGAAGAUCCUCUUUGGCUACCUGAACUUCGUGAGACAGUUGACGGAGUUUCCCAAGGAGUUGGUGUCGGAGAACCUGCGGAUCUCGGACUGUGCGUGGAUCACACGGGAGGAGCCAGGUCCACAAGAUGCAGCAGUGCUCUUCGCAGGCUCCAUGCAGGACUGGGCCGUCCCGAAGUACUACCUCUCCGGGAAUGCGCGGCUUCGUGAUGGGCCUGGUCUACAAGACACCGUUGCGAAGCUCUUGCAAUUGCUGCGGCCUUCCAACGCACUGGUCACCGUGGUCUCAAGAAGUUGCGCUGGAACUCUGACGGAACCCUGGUAUGGCACGCGCUACAGCCUCAAGGACUUGACCCGCCUCCAAAAGGAGUGGCAGAACGCCUCGCUGGCGCCGGGACUAGGCCUUCCGGAUCCGAACCCCUUCUUGCCAAGGAGCUUGGAGUUGAAGGCGCCGCGGCGCGGCCUGCCGACGGAGCUGCGGGCCGCGUUCGCGGCACCGGCGAAGAGGAGCGAGGACGCCUGGGAGGCCUACUUCCGGCAGGACACCGAGUACGGUGUCCCCAAGGCCUUUGUCUUUGUAGAGCUGCCCACCUCCGUGCCGCGAGGCGACCCCAAGCGCACGGUGGCCGCUCGGCUGUACGAAGCCAUCAUCCAGGAUGCCUUGCAGGAGUCUUUGCUCUACAACGCGCAAGUGGCAGGCCUUUCCUUCAGCUUGAGUACCUCCACACGUGGCGUCCAGUUGUUCUUCGGCGGCUUCGACGACCGCCUCGAGGACUUCGCCGCCGCGGCGCUGCGCGCGGCGCUGGGCGUGGAGGCGGCGCAGCAGCGGCGGAGCUUUGAGGCGCAGCUUGACCGGCUGCGACGGGACUUGGAGUCCUUUGCCAGCCAACCACCGAUCAGUCAAGCAGCCUACUGGUCAGGUCUUGCCCUGAUACGGCCUGAGUUCUCUUUGCAGGAGCUUCUCGAGGCCACGAAGCGCCUCAGGUUGGAGGACGUCAGUUCCUUUGCCGUGGAACUUUGGGACUCCUGUCGCCGCAGCAGCAGAAACGCGCCAAGUGCCUCACUCUGCUGGGGCAACCUGCGGGAGGACGAGGGUGAGAGCUUGGUGAGGCGGAUCCGGGACAUCUUGGGCGUGCGCCUGCGAGAGGAGGUGAAGGAAGCGCCAGCACCGCGCAUUGCACAAGUGCCCGUGAGGCCACAAGGGCCAGGCGUGGUGCUGGUGCACGAGGUUAUGGACGGCACGGAGGAGAAUGCCGCCGUGGAGGUGAUCUUCCAAGGAGGCACCACGCGAGGUGGAGCGCCAGAAGCCUUGGAGCGCUUGGCUGAGAUGCAGGUGCUGUCCUCGGUGAUGAGCGAUGCGUCGCUGGGUUGCGCUGCGCUGGGGCGUCGGUUCUAUGAGCAGCUUCGCACGCGUGAGCAGCUGGGCUACAUCGUCUCCUGCCGUGCCGACCGCAACGAGGGCGUCUUCAGUCUUGUGUGUGUGGUGCAGGGGGCAGCCAAAAGUGCGCUGGAGGUGCUGAAGCGGAUCGAUGCCUUUCUGGACUCGGUGCCCGACACGCUGAAGGCCAAGAGCGACGCUGAGAUCCAGAGCUUGGCGGACUCUCUGGCGCAGGCGCGCUUGGCGCGGCCACAGCAGUUGCUGAGCGCCGUGGAACGGUCAUGGGGAGAGAUCCGGAGCCAAGAGUUCCUGUGGUCGCGGCCCUUGGACGAGGCCUUGGCGUUGCGGAAGGUGCGCAAGGCGCAGGUGAUCGAGGCCUUUAACCGCUGGGUGCGCCCGGGCGGCGCCGAGCGCCGCCGGCUCUGCUCGCUGGUGCUGCGCGGCGCUGAGGCGGCUGCGCGGCAGCUGGAGGGCGAGGGAGCCGAGAUCCUCUCCGAGCCGCAACGCUUCGCCCAAGUGCAACCCGCCUGGCCGGCCGGCAAGGCCGUGACCGUGACGAGCGCUUGAAAAGGGGACAUGGCCUCUGGGGCUGAUCUUGGUUUCGGGUGAGAUGAGCCUGAAGUCAAGGACUUCAAUGUUCGG